AUGCCUCGUCGAGUGUCGAAUCCUCUUUUAAGCAGCUCACCUCCGACUCCCUGGCCGUCCUUUUCCCCCUCCGAAAAGGGCGGCAGCUUCGUCAACAAGACAUCUCAAAAAGCAACCAAAAUCGCACAGUUUUUCUCCACCUCUCCCAAGACAAAGGAAGCCCAGAGCGCCGCCGCUGCGCUGUUAGCAGCCAGCAAAGCGCAAGAACAGGCCUUCUUAGCAUCGGGUUCUCCUCCGAUCAGCUCGGCGUCUCUGUCACUACCUAGCAUCUCCUUGUCAACCGCUCGAGCGGAUUCGGCCAACAUGGACGAGCCGCCAACCACGCUCUAUCAGCCGCCAUCUCCAGCCGAGGCCCGGAAGCUCGCCAGGCAACAUGCCCAGUUCGGGCCUCUGAUUUCGCAGUCGCACAGAUAUACCAGUCGGCAUCAGGGUGGCGAGUUCCCCGAGCCUGUAAUGGACGAGCCGCCCUACUACUAUCUCCUAACGACCUACAUUUCCUACCUCAUCCUCAUAAUAUUCGGCCAUGUCAGAGACUUCUUUGGUAUGAAAUUGAAAGAGGACAACUACCGACACCUGAAGGCUCGGAACGGCUAUGCCGCGCUCAACAGUGAUUUUGAUAAUUUUUAUGUCCGACGAUUGAAGAUGCGUAUCAACGACUGCUUCAACCGACCCACUACCGGCGUUCCUGGUCGGUAUAUCACCUUGCUAGAUCGUACAACAGACGAUGGCAAUUUACACUUCUCCUUGACGGGGACCACCACCGAGACUCUGAAUAUGAGCUCCUACAACUACUUGGGUUUUGCACAGUCUGAAGGUCCCUGCGCGGAUGCCGCUGAAGAAACACUCAGAAAAUACGGACUGUCGACCUGCAGUACGCGUGCUGAAGCUGGGACCUCGGAACUCGCCGUUGAAUGCGAGGAGCUGAUCGCCGAGUUCGUGGGCAAGGAAGCUGCAAUGGUGUUUUCUAUGGGCUUUGGCACUAACGCUGGGAUCUUCCCCGCCCUUGUGGGUAAAGGAGACCUGAUCAUCUCGGACGAGCUCAACCAUGCUUCGAUUCGGUUUGGCUCGAGAUUAUCCGGCGCCAUGGUCACAACCUUCUUACACAACGAUAUGACGGAUCUAGAAAACAAGCUUCGCGAGGCCAUUUCACAGGGACAACCUCGCACUCACCGCCCCUGGAAGAAGGUUCUUGUCGUUGUCGAAGGUCUGUACUCCAUGGAAGGAACCAUGUGCAACCUUCCGGGCUUGAUUAGGCUGAAGAAAAGGUACAAGUUCAACCUUUUCGUUGACGAAGCCCAUUCCAUUGGCGCGCUGGGACCACGUGGACGAGGUGUUUGCGACUACUUUGACAUUCCUCCGUCCGAGGUUGAUGUCCUCAUGGGUACUCUGACCAAGUCCUUUGGUGCCAAUGGAGGUUAUGUUGCUGCUGACAAGGCCAUGAUCAAUAAAUUGAGAUGCACCAACCCCGGUGUGAUCUACGGCGAAGUUCCUCUUCCCGUUGUGCUUGCGCAAAUCAUGGCAUCUCUGCGGCUGAUCAACGGUGAUCUCAGCCCUGGUCAAGGUGAAGAACGUCUACAGAGAAUCGCCUUCAAUUCACGAUAUCUCCGCCUUGGUCUCAAGCGCCUUGGUUUCAUUGUCUAUGGUCACGACGACUCGCCCAUCAUUCCAUUGCUGCUGUACAAUCCAGCCAAGAUGCCUGCCUUUUCUCACGAGAUGCUCAAGCGCAAGAUCUCGGUGGUCGUGGUUGGCUAUCCAGCCACUCCCCUGAUUUCAUCGCGGGCUCGCUUCUGCAUAUCAGCUGCACACAACAAAGAUGACCUCGAUCGCCUCCUGGCCGCGUGUGACGAGAUUGGCAACGUUCUUCAACUCAAGUUUGCCAGUGGUGUUGCGGGCGGGGCUCCUCCGUUGGCCGACGGCGUGAGCUGGGAAAUGGACCAGAGUCGCAAGCGAUUGGAAAAGCACGACAAGGUGCCCAAGUCGAUGGUGCUCGCACCUCGUUGGACACUGGAAGAAGUCAUCAAGUGCGGUGUCCAGGAUGUUAAGCAGCCUCUGCGAUAA